AUGUAUCUUCUUAUCUAUGUUGAUGAUAUCAUCAUCACCGCGUCAGAUCAAGCGGCUAUUACCAAACUUUUACAGCUUCUUAGUGCAGAUUUUGCUGUCAAAGACUUGGGCGAUCUUCAUUAUUUUCUCAGUGUGGAAGUGAUCAAGCUCAAUUCUGGGCUUCUACUUUCUCAACAUCAUUAUAUCAUGGACCUCUUGAAGAAAACAAAUAUGCAUGAAGUAAAACUGAUCACCUCUCCAAUGGCUUCUUCAUUAGCUCUCUCGGCUUUUACAGGUGAUCCAAUGGAAGAUCCAUCUCUCUACCGUAAUAUAGUUGGAUCUCUACAGUAUCUCUCUCUCACUCGGCCAAAUCUCAAUUAUACAGUCAACCGUGUGUGCCAAUUCAUGCAUCGACCUCUCAAACCUCAUUGGCAAGCAAUUAAAAGAAUUCUUCGAUACUUGAAACAUACAGUCUCUCACGGUCGUCUUCUUCAUCACAACUCUUCUAAUACUUUACAAGCAUACUUCGACGAGGACUGGGCUGGAUGUCCCGAUGAUUGUCGCUCUACAGGUGCCUACUGUGUUUAUCUUGGUUCAAAUUUAAUUUUUCGAAGCUCACGCAAACAACCGACUGUUUCAAGAUCAUCUACUAAGGCUAAAUAUAAAGCUGUUGCCAAUACUACAGCCGAACUACUUUGGAUUCGUGCACUUCUUCAAGAACUUGGAAUCACUCACUCAACUCCACCAACUCUUUGGUGUGACAAUAUUGGUGCCACUCAUAUGUCGGUUAAUCCGGUUUUUCAUGCUCGCACGAAACAUGUGGAAAUUGAUUUCCACUUUGUCCGUAACUAUGUGGCUGAUAAAUCUUUGGUUGUUCGUUUUGUUCCCACUUCAGAUCAGGUUGCAGACGUUCUUACAAAGCCGCUAGUUUCUGCCAAGUUUCAUCACUUUUGUUACAAGCUCAACGUGCGAUCUCCCCCAUUGAUCUUGAAGGAGGGUAUUAACACAACUCCAAUAACAACUCCAACACAAGACUCCAAUUCCACUUAUGAGUCUUGCGCGGCACAACACAAUCUGAAGACUAUUGAGAAGAGUUCUAAUCCUAUUUGGAGUCCUAAUAUGAAGAUAGAGUUCUAA